GUUUGUGGCCAGCAGAGGCGAGAUCACCUCCCGUCUGGACAGUAGUGUGGCUCAAAUCUGCACAGAGGCAGAAUAACUCCCGUAAAGGGUGAUUUCUAUAAAAGUGUCGACUUUAGUGUGGUUUAUCGUCAUUUUGUGGCUUUUAUUUUGGAGUCAGAUGCCAGUGGUACAUGCAUGAGUUUGAGUUAUCUCUCAGGAAAAGGAAACACCUCCUUCUCAACACAUGUGAGGGCCGUUUCUGGCUGGUCCUCCUCCUCUAAAGGAUGACAGGGAAUGGAUCAUAGUGGAGGGCUGCUCCUUCUCCAGCAGCUACAUCAGCUCCUCUGUCACGAACACUGAGUGACCAACAACCUCUAACUGCUCCUACGUCCAAAUUAUGGGAUCUUAUCUAAGUGUUGACAGGCCAGGCUCAAAUUUGGAUCUAAAUUCUUUGUUUUUUUAGUGGAAACUUUGUGUUAGUCAAGCUGUGCAGCUCUCAUCCGGGACCAAGGAUCUGUCUUGGUGUUGGAGUUCAGUGUGUAACAGAAAGUCCCGGAGAUGGUAGAUAUUUGAACUCACAGUGAACCAGGAUGGAGCCUGUUAAGAGAGACAUGGAGUUGCUUAGUAACAGCAUGGCGACCUACGCUCACGUCAAAGCCAAUCCAGAGAGCUUCGCCCUCUACUUCAUGAUGGGCGUCUGUUUCGGCCUGCUCAUGGCACUGUGCCUCCUGGUGGCUGGCAUCGCCUGCAGGACUCGCCGCCACAGCAGACCUCCUCCUUCCCCCGAAAGGAGACAGCUGAAGGAGUCCAGCGAGGAAGAGGAGGAUGAGGAUGAGGAGGGCAUCGUGGAGGAAGAUAGGGAGGAGGCGGAGAUCCCUAAAGGGAGAAUGGGGCCCAUGAGUGAUCGCAGCAGCCAGUCUAACGGGACUCUGAGGAGCGUGAACGUGUUUGCGUCAGCUGAGGAGCUGGAGAAGGCGCGGCGUCUGGAGGAGAGAGAACGAAUAGUCAGGGAGAUCUGGAGGAACGGGCAGCCGGACAUUCUGGUCACAGGGACAGGGACUAUUGGACGAGUGCAUUACCACUAACAGACACUUUGACUGUGCCCUAAAGAGCCCCCUCACUGAAUGCAAAGGGCAGGACAUAUUGGAUAGAGACAAUUUGAUUUUUGGGGCGACCCAAAGUGUUUGAUAUUAAAAUAAGGGACUGUACGAAAAUGAUUGGGGUGGUGAGAGGGACUGAUGAUAUGUUUCUUACUUUUUUCAAAACCAAAGCCUCCCCAGGGUCAUUCAUGUUUAAACCCUCCUUUUGAUUUACAAACAAGAUUAAAAAAUAAUAAUAUAACUGUUAAAUUAGUCCAACUUCUUUAAUCGUGGAUCCCAAUUUAAACCCUAAAAUAUCACCUGAACUUCUAAUGUGCACAUGAAUAUAACACUGAACGACACACAGACUUACAGUAACUGUUGUCCUCUGCAUACAGCAUAAAAAUAAGACCCCUUCUCUCCCCUAACGACUUUCGUACAAUCCCUAGGUAAAUUAACAUAUUUAAAUAAAACUAAUGGAAUAAAAUAUAAAUAUACAUCAAUAAACUCUCAGAAGGAUAAAACAACAUUAGAGGUGAGUUUCAAAAAUGUUUUUCAUUAUUUUACAAUGUUUAUGUGAAUAUUCUUAUUCAUCAAUUUAAUAUUGAACAUUUUGGUCUCCAUAUGUUUUGUAUCAAAUUGACAUAAAACACACAUAUUUGGCUUCAUCUGUAUUUUACCAUAUCUUUGCGAUGUGAAUCAAUAAAAGUUUAACCACUUUUUCAAA